AUGCCCCUCGCCAACGGCAGCGCCCUGACGGAGUUCGUCCUGCUGGGGCUCACGGACCGCCCGGAACUGCAGCCCCUGCUCUUCGCCUUCUUCCUGCUGCUUUUCCUCGUCACCGCGCUGGGCAACCUGGGCCUGGUGCUGCUGAUCAGACUGCGCCCGCGCCUGCACACGCCCAUGUACUUCUUCCUCACGCACCUGGCGCUGGUGGACCUGGGCCACACCUGCAAUGCCACCCCGCAGAUGCUGGCCAACUUCUUGUCGUGCAGGAAGACCAUCUCCUUCGCGGGCUGCUUCACACAGUGCUACGUGUUCAUCGCUCUCCUCCUCACAGAGUUUUACAUGCUGGCCCUCAUGGCCUACGACCGCUACGUGGCCAUCUGCGACCCGCUGCGCUACCGUGUGUGGAUGACCCGGCGGAUCUGCGUCACCUUGGCCGCACUGCCCUACGCCUAUGGCUUCUCAGAUGGGCUGGCGCAGGCCACCCUGACCUUCCGCCUGACCUUCUGCGGGCACAACGUCAUCAACCACUUCUACUGCGUGGACCCGCCUCUCAUCAAGCUGGCCUGCUCAGACACCUUCCUCAAAGAGCACGCCAUGCUCAUCUCGGCGGGCGUCAACCUGUCCGCCUCCCUCGGCAUCAUCCUGCUGUCCUACGCCUUCAUCCUGGCCGCCGUCCUCAGGAUCAGGUCCGCCGAGGGCAGGCGCAAGGCCUUCUCCACCUGCGGGUCCCACGUGGUGGCCGUCACCUUGUUUUACGGGACUCUCUUCUGCAUGUAUGUGAGGCCACCAACAGACGAGACCGUUGAGCAGUCCAAAAUCAUAGCUGUCUUCUACACUUUUGUGAGUCCAGUGCUUAACCCUCUAAUCUACAGUCUGAGGAACACAGAUGUAAAGCAGGCCGUGAAGCAUGUCUUCAGAAAAAACGCUGUCAGAACGAUGACCGUAUCUUCCAGUUCCCGUAAAACAUAA